UCUCCAGAACCGCAGCAUAAGUUCACGUCCAGAGAAAAAUGCUUUGGUUGGCCCUCAAGUUUAUCUUUUAUAUACUUCUUCCACUCUAUUCUCUUACAACACUUUGUUUUAUGAAUACAUUUGCAUACUUAAAUGAGUCCCUGCACUUUGAUUCUUUGCUAUGACCCCAUGCAACUUAAUCUCAGGUCUGAACUGCAUUAGCAUCAGCAAGAGAGCUUUUGCUAGAUGUCCUGGCUUGACCUAGCCUCCCCUCCCCUCCUCCAGAGUAUAUCAGAAAGUAUGGAAAAUUCAUUGAUAACCUUAGACUCUUCACCAGGGGAGGAAGUGGUGGAAUGGGUUUCCCUCGCUUAGGGGGAGAAGGUGGGAAAGGUGGUGACGUCUGGGUUGUAGCCCACCAAAAAAUGACCUUAAAACAACUUAAAGAGAAAUAUCCUCAGAAACGGUUUGUGGCUGGAGAGGGAGCAAACAGUCGUGUUAGUGCACUGAAAGGCUGCAAAGGAAAAGAUUGUGAAAUUCCUGCACCUGUGGGUAUUUCAGUAACUGAUGAAAAUGGUAAAAUUAUAGGAGAACUCAAUAAAGAACAAGACAGAAUUUUGGUAGCUGAAGGAGGACUUGGUGGUAAAUUCCUUACAAAUUUCUUACCAUUGAAAGGUCAGAGACGAAUAAUUCACCUUGAUCUAAAACUUAUAGCUGAUGUAGGUCUAGUGGGAUUCCCAAAUGCUGGAAAAUCCUCUUUGCUAAGUAAAAUUUCUCAUGCAAAACCUGCAGUUGCAGAUUAUGCAUUUACAACGUUACAGCCUGAACUUGGAAAAAUCAUGUAUAAAGAUUUCAAACAGAUAUUGGUAGCUGAUCUUCCUGGUUUAAUAGAAGGAGCACAUGAGAACAAAGGAAUGGGCCACAAAUUCCUCAAGCAUGUAGAAAGAACGAAACAACUGCUUUUUGUUGUUGAUAUUUCUGGAUUUCAACUUUCUUCUCGAACUCCAUACAGAACUGCCUUUGAAACUGUAUUACUGCUUACAAAAGAGUUGGAGUUGUACAAUGAGGAACUUCAAGGAAAACCUGCACUUCUGGCAGUAAAUAAAAUGGACUUGCCAGAUUCCCAAAAUAAAUUCCAUGAACUGAUGAACCAACUCCAGAAUCCUAAAGAUUUUCUGCAUUUGUUUCAAGAUAAGAUGACUCCAAAGAGGACAAUGGAGUUCGAACAUAUCAUCCCCAUCUCUGCAAUUACAGGAGAAGGAAUUGACGAAUUAAAGAACUGCAUAAGGAAAUCUCUGGAUGAACAUGCAGACCAGGAAAAUGAUGCAUUUCAUAAGAAACAGUUGCUUAAUUUACAGAUUUCUAAUACAGUAUCUCAUAGUGAGCCACUAUCAAGAAAUGCUGUUAACUAGUUCCAGAAUGGAUACAAUUUAAAUCCAUUAAAUAUGUACAUGAAAUUGUGUUUAUUUGAAAACUUUUCCACAGAGUAUUAUGUAUUCCACAGUUAUUAUUACUAAUACUGUCAUUUGAGAACCCUAUCUUUUUAACUUGUUUAUAGUUAAAUAUAUCAAUAGUUUAAAAAAAGUGAAAGCUGAAAAUGACAAUUUACAGUUUUAUAGUCAAUCUACUUAUAAUAAAAUCCUCUUGAUUUUUUUUAUGAUACUUAUAAUAAAAUCCUCUGAUAUUUCUCUAGUGAGAUCAUUUAAAAAAAAUAAAUGAAAGGAUUUCUCAAAUAUUAUUAAAGUGAGCAACUGGGUAUUGUUUGUUUUGAGUCUGUCAUGUACCUGGUUCAAUUAUGAAGAGUUCUCAUUUUAAGAAAAUCUA